GCCGCCUGCACGCCGCUGACGUACACCUGGACCGCCCUCAACGUGUUCGCUCCCGGUGCGCGGCCCCGCAGGGCCUCCGUGGCGCACUGGUUCCACCGACGGCCGUCCGCGCCCCGCAAGCAUCUCCUUAAAAACGUGUCUGGCGCCGCGCUGCCCGGGGAGGUGCUGGCCAUCAUGGGGGCGAGCGGCGCGGGCAAGACGACGCUCCUGGACGCCCUCACGUUCCGCUCGGACAGGCAGCUGACGGUGACGGGCGCGCGCGCCGUGUCGGGCUCCGUCGUCACCAGCAGCAGGGACUUGGCCGGCGUGGCGGCCUACGUGCAGCAGCGCGACCUGUUCGUCGGCUGGCUCACCGUGCGAGAGCACCUCGUCUUCCAGGCGCUGCUGCGAAUGGAGCGACGCAUGCCGCGCAGGCUGAGGCUGCGCAGGGUGCAGGAAGUCAUGGAGGAGCUGGGGCUGACGAAAUGCCAGGACAGCAUCAUCGGCGUGCCGGGCAAAGUCAAGGGCAUUUCCGGGGGAGAGAUGAAAAGACUGUCGUUUGCGUCCGAGGUGCUGACGGACCCCGCCCUGCUGCUGUGCGACGAGCCCACGUCCGGGCUGGACGCCUACAUGGCGCAGACCACGGUGGAGGUGCUGUCUCGCAUGGCGCGCCGCGGCAAGACCGUGGUGCUCACCAUCCACCAGCCGUCCUCGGAGGUGUUCGCCCAGUUCGACAAGAUCCUGCUGAUGGCCGAGGGCCGCGUCGCCUUCCUGGGGUCGCCGCGGGAGGCGCAGGACUUCUUCGCCAGGAUCGGCGCCCCCAUCCCGCCCAAGUACAACCCCGCCGACUUCUUCGUGCAGCUGCUGGCCGUGGUGCCCACCGAGGAGGCCGCCUCCAGGGACCGCAUCCACCGGGUGUGCGACGCGUACGAGCGGUCGGACGCGGCCGCCAGGACGGCCGCCAUCACUGACUACCCGGUGAAAGGGUGGCGGCCGCUGCAGCGGGCACUGUCAUCCUCCUCGUCCUCGCACUACCAGGCGUCCUGGGGCACGCAGUUCCUGGCGCUGCUGUGGCGCUCGUGGCUGAGCGUGCGCAAGGAGCCGCAGCUGGUGCGGGUGCGCGUGCUGCAGACGGCCGUCAUCGCCCUGCUCGUGUCCGUGCUCUACUUCGGCCAGAACCUCGACCAGACCGGCCUCAUCAACGUCAACGCCGCCCUCUUCACCACCAUCACCAACAUGACCUUCCAGAACGUGCUCGCCGUCAUCAAGGUGUUUUGCACGGAGCGGGCGGUGUUCAUGCGCGAGCACAUGGCCGCCAUGUACCGCGUGGACGCCUACUUCCUGGCGCGCUCCACGGCCGAGCUGCCCAUCUUCAUGAUGCUGCCGGUGCUGUACACCUGCAUCGUCUACUUCGCGGUGGGGCUCAACCCCGACCCCGUGCGCUUCUUCACCUGUGUGGCCAUCACCAACCUCAUCGGACUCGUCGCCACGUCUUUCGGGUACUUCAUUUCGUGUGCUGCAAAUAACAUGUCGACAGCACUCUCGACCGGAGCACCGGCAGUUAUCCCUCUUCUUCUGUAUGGAGGUUUCUUUGUAAAUCUGGACACCAUGCCUUCCUAUUUUUCGUGGAUCCAGUAUAUAUCAUGGUUUCGUUAUGGAAACGAAGCUCUGCUAGUCAACCAGUGGCAAGAUGUGCCCGAGAUAUCUUGCACGGGAUCUUUGAACAACAACUCUUGCAUACACAAUGGCCACUACGCCUUGCAGGUGUACAGCUUUAAAGAGGGGUCUGUUUGGAGUGACAUCGGGCACUUGGCUCUUCUUGCGUUGCUGUUUCGCAGCUUGGCCUUGCUACUCCUCAUCAUCAAGACGAGAUAAACAGUGUCCAGGCACUUUCUUUAGGAAUAUGAUUUGUCAUCAAUGCUGCAGUGUUCAGUUUCUUGUGAUCUCUCAUACUCUAGGAUUUAUAUUAUUUUAUUUUUAAUAAAUUCAAAGAAUGAACGACUGUUGAA